AUCUGAAAAGUGGAAUAAACCAAAAAAUUCAAAACUUGUUCAUUUCGAGAAAGCUACUUUCGACGACUCUUGGGCAAAUCUAUGGAAAAUGAGCUAAAUCAAUGCAUCACUCUAAAAAUCUCCACGCGAUUCGAUCGGAAACGUGCAGAAGGAACAGGAACUCAGAAACAGACAAAAACAUCUCCAGAUGCCAUUUGCGUUGACUCUGCAUAAAAAAUAAAAAGUCUACCGUUCUUGUGGUGCAUGGAAUCUUUAUUUUAAUUUGGAAGAUUCAACUGCCGGCUCUUACAAAUUGAUGAAAUUAUAAAGCUUUCACCUUCAUCUUCAGCUUCUGUCUGUUUUUAUUUUCUUUGUUUGAAGAAAAUGGACUUGCGAAGCGCUAACAGCCAGAAUGGAAUGAAUGGCGAGGCCAAGCCUGAUGAAUGCCAUUACAUUUCUGACGCAGAUCUAGUCAAGAUAAUGAAGAUGCGAGAAAUUAUUGCCAAAGACGAUCCUGCUCCGAAGGUUGCAGAUGAUGCUACUCUUCGGCGUUUCUUAUAUGCUCGGGAAUCCAAUGUGCAACACGCUUCUGAGUUAUAUAUAAAGUAUAGAAAAUGGAGACAGACUUUUGUACCCCAUGGCUGUAUCUCGGAAACGGUGAUCACAAAUGAGCUGAAGAAGAACAUGGUCUGUAUGCAAGGAUUUGACAAAAAAGGAAGGCCAAUUGCAGUUGUAAUUUUGAAAAGGCACAAACCCUGCCAUAAGGCUCUUGAAGACACAAAACGUUACUUUGUCUAUACUUUCGAUAAAAUGGCUUCCAGAACAUCAAGCGGACAAGAAAAGUUUACCAUCAUAGUAGAUCUUGAAGGAUGGACAUACAAGCAUGUUGACAUUCGUGGAUACCUUGCACUCCUUGAAAUCUUGCAGAAUUACUAUCCAGAGCGCUUAGGGAAGCUGUACUUUAUUCAUCUUCCGUACAUAUUCUGGGCAGCAUGGAACAUAGUAUGUCCUUUUGUUGACAAAAAGACAAAACAAAAGGUAUCAAUAGUUGAGAACAAGGACAUAAGAACAACUCUGUUGAUGGAUAUUGAUGAAAGCCAACUGCCUGAAAUUUAUGGAGGUAAAUUGCCCUUGGUACCAGUUCAGGAUGCAGUUGUACCAAAUUUGCCUGCAAACUAAAAGAAGUUCUUAGUCAAGGUUUGACACUAUCUGGUAUCAGAAUGUUUAUAACUUCUCGCUUUGUACCUGAGAUGUAAAUGGUGGUAUGUAUCCGAUCUUCUAAUAAGAAAUGUCCACUUGAAGCAUAAAUGUCAACUGGUUGUCUUACAACCCCAUUUGUUGCACUUGUAUGUAUAUGGGAGCAUUUCCUUCGUAUCACUUGUUGACAUCUCAGACUCAAAAACUUCAAAUAACAUCCUCACUCCAAAAUAUACAUAUUUUUUGGUAAGAUGUCCCUUUAACUUGUGACGGUUAUUGAGAUGUAUUACUCCAUGGUUCUGUCUCUUUGGUAGAAUAGCCAAAGAAAAAAUAACAAUUGCAGAAGAGAGGAAAUGUACUACACAUUACUGUUGGUUUCUUAACUUUUGACAGGAAAAUAUAUAGAACAUGAAACAGAAAUAUUUGUAUGCACUGUUUCUGAAGAGAAUAAAUUCCAUACAUCACGUGUUUUCAAAUGAA